CUUUGGAAGUGGCACCAGGGAGCAGAGGAAGGGCCCCGGCGGCCUCUGAGCAGGUCACUAAGCUCUUCGGGGCUUAAGCUCCCCAAAGGAGGGGAGAGCAUCCUGCAGAGAGGAUUCUGCUGGCACACCUGCGAUGGAGCCCUGGGUCCCUGUCCAGCCAGCCCAGCCCCGGGAAAGGCCGGCAUCCCGCUCAUCGUGGGCAGAGGGGCACCACAGUGCCCCGGCCCCGCUCCGGCGGCAGCUCCUGCGCCCGGGGCACGCUCCUCGCCCCGGCUCCUGGGAUGGAAGCCACCUCCCUGGCCACCCCCAGGACCAGGGCCACCCUCCCCGGACAGAGCCCCGCCGGCCGGCUUCCCGUGCAGAGCCCUACGACAGCGGCUACCCCAGGCAAGGUUAUGAAGACCCGCACUGGCAGUACCCAGCAGCUGGCUACAGGGAUGGCUACCCCUACCAAAGCCACCAGUGGCAGCCAGGGGCCUGGCAGGGUGACAGAGACCCAAGGCAGGGAGAGCCUUAUGGCAAGAGUUACCGGGAUCAGCAUUACUACAGAGGCUACCACCCCAACCUGGCCACGGGCCCCCCAGGGCACAGCAGGACACAGACCUACAGCUCCUACGAGGACAGCCACACCUCGCCUGCCAGGAGGGAAGGGACAGGGGGAGAAGCCCUUGGCAGUGAUUCAGGGGAGGCUGGUGGCCAGCACCAAGAGCCCUUGGGCCAGCCCAGCCUGCUCCUGCAGUACCACGAGUCAGGGCUCAGCUCCAGCAGCCAUGAGCUCAGCCAGUACAUCCGUGAUGGUGCUGACUCCUAUGACMCUGUGCUUCCAGGGUCCUGGAGCGUGGAACAAACAGGAGGGCCUGUGACAUCCACCCCGACCCCAGCAGUGCCCUUCAAGUUUCCACAGCCACACACAGCACUGUGCUUUGGGGCCGGGGGCCACCUGGUGCUGGYGUGUGCCCAGAGCCCUGCCGAGGGACAGCUGCCCCGUGUGGAGCUGCACAGCCUGGAGGCAAUCCUUCAUGGCACAGAAGAGCUGGAGGAGCUGCAAGCCUUCCCAGGGCCCCUGGCCAGGGAAGAUCUGCACAAGGUAGAUGUGAUGACGUUUUGCCAGCAGAAGAUUGCCACAGGCUGUGAUCUCUCAACACAGAGGGGCAGAGAUUCCUCUCUCCUCUGGAAACUCCUGGUCCUCCUCUGCCGGCAGAAUGGGUCCAUGGUGGGCUCAGACACAGCAGAGCUGCUGAUGCAGGACUGCAGGUGCCAGGACAAGUACAAGAGGCAGGACCCUGCUCCCAGCCUGAUGGGUCUGACGGAUGACGAGUGGGCAUCACGCCAGCCGGGCACGCUGGACCUCAUCACAGGGGAGAUCCCUCCCGUGGUGGAGACGCAGGCACAGAUCGUGGAGAAGUUCACCAAGCUCCUCUACUACGGCAGGAAGAAGGAUGCUCUGGUCUGGGCCAUGAGAAACCAGCUGUGGGGCCAUGCCCUGUUCCUCUCUAGCAAGAUGGACCCUCGGACGUACAGCUGGGUCCUCACUGGGUUCACCAGCACGCUGGCCACCAAUGACCCUCUGCAGACCCUCUUCCAGCUCAUGUCGGGAAGGAUCCCUCAGGCAGCACUGUGCUGUGGGGACGCCACAUGGGGGGACUGGAGGCCCCACCUGGCUGUGAUGCUGUCCAACAAGGUUGGAGAUGCAGAGCUGAACCACCGUGCCAUUGUCACCAUGGGAGACACUUUGGCCAGCAAGGGAGCAGUGGAAGCAGCUCAUUUCUGCUACCUGAUGGCAGAUAUUCCUUUUGGAUACUUUGGAGCAAAGGCAGACCGCAUGGUCCUGCUGGGCAGCAGCCACCGCCAGGCGUUUUCCCAGUUUGCCAGGACAGAGGCCAUCCAGAGGAUGGAAAUCUAUGAGUACUGCCAGCAGCUCCGGCAGCCCGAAUCCUUCCUCCUCCCCUUCCAGGCGUACAAGCUGCUCUACGCCUCCCGCCUGGCUGACCACGGGCUGCCAGCCCAGGCACUGCAGUACUGUGAGCACAUCGCGGCCACACUCCUGCACCGGGACCCUGCUGCACACCCUGGGCUGGCCCAGCAAGUGGUGAGGCUGGCCGAGAGGCUGAAGCUCUCUGACCCUCUGCUCCUGGAGAUGCCGGAGCAGGACCAGGCACUGGAGCCCGACUGGCUGGAGCAGCUCCGAGCCUGCUGCCGGCAGUGGGAGGUGGAAGAUGCUCUUCCUCCGGAGGAAGGAGCACCCGCUCAGCUGGAUCUGUCCUGUGCUGUUCUGCCAACAGAUGAAGAGCUCAGCAAUGAGAUUCCCCAGAGUGAAAGCUACCAGUAUGACCAGUGGUUCCAGCCUGUGCCACCCCAGGGACCCAGCUCCCAGGACAUGUCCCUCUGGUCCAUGGCACCUGCUCAGGUCGUGGCAUCGCCACUGCCCACUGUUGGGAGAGCCCUGCAGCCGCCUGUGCUCRGCCAAGAGACACGAGCCCCUCUGGGAGGGGAUUCUGCUGAGCCCCCUCUGCAGCCAGUGCUGCCAGCAGGAGAAUCUGGGGAUCCCUGGGGUGCCAGGCAACUGUCCUCCCCUGCAGGAGUGCAGCCAACUGUCCCAGCAGAGCAGGAGGAGUCACCGAUGAGGAUCCGGACUGUCUCGGAGACCUCCACCGUGUCCCUGGGGGACACCCGGCACUCCUCGGAGAGCGCCGAUGAGGACGCUGCUGAAGAGCGGGCGGAGGCUGUGAAGCCAGAGGAGGACAAGACCUCUGGAUUCAGGUGGUUUGGCUGGUUUCGGUCAAAACCCACCAAGGAAGCUUCUGCCAAAGCUGAGUCUGACACAGACUCAGACUCUGCCACCUCAGGACCACAGGAGCGGACAUCGCCAUCCCCCCCCGCUGCCCCUCUUGCAUAUGGCACAGACCCUUUGGCUCAUCCUCUCUCCAGAAAUCCYGGAGGAAUGCAGGGUGAAAGUCCUGUUGGUCCAGUGUCCGCAGAGUUGAAAGGCUCGUGGGAGAAGGAUGGACAGCAGUCAGCAGGACAGAGGUCCUUCCAGACUGGCUACCCUGGACCUCUCCCACCAUUGGCUUCAAUCCCUCUCUUCAACCCUGCCCAGGUCUCUCAGCUCCCUGCCCGACCCACCCAGCCCAGGCUGCUUUCACGACACCGCUACCCCAACCCACUGUGAGGUGGUGGCAGGGGAUGGCAGAUACCAAUUGCAGSAAGUUUUUU